AUGGCCCCGGGCGGCGCCGCCACGCUCGCGGUGAGCGCCGCGGUGGGGGCGCCCGCUGCCUGGGCCGGGCUGCGCUGGGCAACGAGCUGGCUGGCGGCGCUGGUUGCCGCCUCGACCAGCUGCCCAUCCUGCGUGUGCCACGCGCCGCAGUGGCCCCCGCCCGCGCCGUCGGCGCCGCCUCCGCCGCCAGCGCCAAGCGCCGGCGCGGUGGCCGCGGCCGUGGCGCAGAAGCUCGGGCCCUGGCUGGCGGCGAACUCCUCGCCGGCGCCAGCCACCUGCCCCUCGGCCGACGAGGUGGCCGCGGCGCUGCUGGAGCGGCUGCCGCCCCUGGGGUCUGAGGGGGCCCGUGCGGCGCGGUCCGCGCCCGAGGCAGGCCCAGCCGUGGGCGAGGGCUGUCCCUUCGCCUUCAUCUUGGCGUGGGGGGUCGCCUGCGGGGAGGCGGUGAUCUUGGUGUGCUGCUGCGUGGCGGCCCGAGCCCGGCGCCGAGUCGGGCUCUGGUACCCACGCGACACGGUGUGGCAUGAGCGAGUGCUGCUCUACCUCGCGGGGUGCAUGUACUGGUGGGUGCUGACGCCGGGCGGCGACCGGUGCGCCGAGGACGUGUCGGGUGCGGUCGGCGACGGCUGCAACAGGGCCUUCACCGUCGCGCGGGAUGGCACGGCACCCGCCUUGGCCCAUGGCGCGUCCUACCGGUCCGAGCAGCCGCUGACCUGGGAGGAGCUGCGCGCCGCCGUGCUCAGGUCGAGGACUGAUCAGCAGGUGUACGUUGGCGACGAGCCGCUGGUUGAUCCCGAGGAGAUCCAUCUUCGUCUGGGAACCGAAGUGGCGCUGGAGCCCGGCGGUGUCAGGCUGGACGACGACCACGCAAUGGUGAGGGAGGUCGGCGUUUGGCAGCUCGCGGAGGCAAUCCCCGUCGACGCGGCGGACAGGGGCCGCCAGCUGAGCCAGACGGACCGCAGCUACAUCGAGAUGAAAUGCCUGCUCACUUCGAUCCUCUGCGCGGGAAGCUACUACCAGGUCAACCUACCCAGCAUGGCCAGCAUUGAAGUGUUGUGUCUUCGUGUGUCGCAGAUCGUCGAGGCCUACUCGGGCGCCCCCCUCAAGCCCCCGAUGUGGGACGGGCUGCGGCACUACAUGGGCGUGGCAGGCCCGAUGGGCAUGAUGGACCCAGCCUGGAGGACCGCAUUCCUCCGCCGCAACAAGGAGGAGAUGGAGCAGGAGAGCUGGAAGAGCCGGGCUGCCGGGCCCCCCGUGGUGCUGGAGGUCGGCGAGGGGCUGCCGAGUGGGCCCUCUGGCGGCGCCGACGGGCUGAGCGACCAUGAGGGGGACUGGCCGCAGCUCCAGGGCCGCGGGGCUGCUCGGCUCGCCAGGCGAGCCUGCCAGGACUUCGACGAGGUCGUCGACGCCUUGAAUUGGUUGAUGAACCGCACCUCCACAGGCGACAGGCCGAAUUAUGACCAGAUGAAGGUGCACGCGCGGAUCCUGGAAUGCGUGGCUGAGCGCAUGCCGCCGAUGGAGACCGCGAUCCCUUCCCCGCGAGCGGCCUUUUCUGAGCUGCUGCACGGCCGCAGUGUCUACGACGAGUCGGCCGGACGGAACGUAGGACGUCUUCGCAAUGUGGGGCAGAUAUCUUUACCUAAGACCGCGGUGGGAGGGCCACGGCUGUUGGACAUCGCCCCUGCCCAUGCACGCCAUUUCCUCGAAGGCGGUUUUUCUCGGAUGCUUCUAGAUGAGGCCAGUUUACGUCGCCGCCUUGAUGAGUGUGAUGUCAUUCCACACUGGGGCCCUUCUCUGGCUCGCAACCGCAGACUCUACGUCCGCCUGGUGAAGCCCCUCUACGCCAAGGGCCUUCUGGUGCUCCUGGACGAGAGUGAGCGGCGCGAGGACGUCGGGAUCUUUUUCGCCCCCAAGAAAUCAGACCAACUGCGCCUUAUCAUAGAUGCUCGGCGCAGCAACCUGCACUUCACUUCGCCCCCUGGGGCAUCGCUCGUGCCGGCCGAGGGGUUCGCCCGCGUCGAGGUGGGGGGCGUCGAGUGCGGUGGCCAGCCGGACCUCGGUUUCACGCUGGGCACCUCCGACAUCAGCGACGCCUUCCAUCGGUUCAGGAUCGACCGUGGGCUCUCCUCCUAUUUCUGCCUCCGCCCCGUGACAGCGCAGGAGAUCGGGGUGACCGGCAGGGCCAUCGGGGACAGCGCGGCGCCUCCCGACCGCCGCCUGGUGCCAGCCUGCGCCGCCCUGCCGAUGGGGUUCACCUGGUCGCUCUAUUUCUGCCAGGAGGUGGGCGAGGCCGUCAUGGACGCCACGCCCGGACUAGAGCGGGCCCACCGCAUGAGCGACGGGGGCCCGACGACAGCGCUUCGGCCGUCGGCCCAGCUGGCCGAGGGAGGAGGCGCCCAGUAUACGUACGUCGACAACCUCGGGGCGAUGGGCUUCGACGGCGCAGAGGUGUCCUCGAGCCUUGCCGCCGCCACUACGAGGUUCGACGCCGCGGGCCUGAGGACGCACGAGACGGACAUCCAGAGGGGCCGCGGCGUGACGCUGGGCUGCGUGCUGGACGGAGUCUCGCUGACCACCAGGCUCACGGCCAAACGCUACUGGCGGGUGCGACAAGGUGUCUCGUGGGCCCUGAGCUGCAGAGCCCUGCCAGGCUGGACAUGGGAGGUCGUCCUCGGUCACUGCGCUUACUGCGCCAUGUGCAACCGCGACCUCCUCCCGGUCUUGAACGCGAUUUACAAGUUCAUAGCGGCCCACUACCAGGAGGCCGCGCCGCUCUGGCCCACGGCGCUGGCCGAGAUGGUCGCCUUCCGGGGCCUGAUGCCCUUGCUGCGCGGCGACUGGGCGCCCCCGUGGUGCCCGCUGGUCUGCCUCUCCGACGCGUCGGAGCACGGCUGCGCGGUGAGCGCCUCGCUGUUCGAGCUGGCCGCUGUGAAGGAGAUCGGGCGGGUGCAGGAGCGAUCCCGUUUCCGCCGCCUGGGCGGCCAUUCCGCUCGGGCCCACUUCUUCGCCAGCAACGGCAUCGUGAUGACCAGUGCCGGGACGUUCAAAGAUGCUGCCGAUCUUGGUGAACAUGACGAGGUUGCGCCCCAGACCCAGUGGGGGCUUGACAGAACUUUCAAAGAGAUGGCGGCGGAGAUCUUCUCAGGGUCCCGCUGGACUGAGAUAGUCGCCCGUGGGUGGCUUAAUACUUCGGAAGACAUUCUGGUCUACGAAUCACGUGCCCUCCUGCGAGCUGUAGAGAUCUUGCGCAGCCUGUCACCGCGAGAGGGCGAGCACGCCGUCGUCAUGAGCGACAACCUGCCCGCAGUGCUGUGCUUUGAGAGGAGGAGAGCAAAAAACUUCACUGUCCUCGCAUGCAUUCGUCGGGCUGUCGCCCUGUGCCUCUCCCUCAACAAGCGCCUGCACGUGAGAUGGGUCCCGAGCGAGCUCAACCCGAGUGACGAGGGCUCUAGGCUGUGCGACCCGAGCUACGACCCCGGUAAGACCGCGGUGCACUCUUGGGAGGCUUCUGAGGACUACGGCAAAGUACGAGUGAAUCGCAGGCUACCCCAGCAUGUACAUGAGCAAGAUAAUGCACGCACCAAGACGACACACUACUGCAAGCACGCGGAUACGGAGAACUGCCUGCACGACAAGUUUGGCAAAGAUGAGAGCACGAGCAAGCACGCAGUCAUGGGCCUCACCAGUACCUCAGCCACUACGAGCACGAGCCCCAGAACAUCCCCGCAGGCCUUCGACGAGCUCACCGAGACCCCUAGCACUCUAGACCCUCAGGACCUCCACGAGCCCCAGAGGAGCCAGCCUGCCGCCGUCGCCACCUCGGCUCCCGAGAGCGCCCCUGCGGGGGAGCCCCGGCGACCUGCCGCGGCGGUAGGAGGCAGCGCGCCCGCGCAUGCCGCGCCCGAGCCGCUUGCGAAGCGCUCGCAAGUGCUGUCGCCCGGGCCGGAGGGCCUGCCGAGCGGGCCACAGGCGCCAGCCAGCCAGACGCGGGCGCUGGGAGCGCCCCGGGACGGCGUGCGGCAGCGGCUCACCCUGGCCCCGCCCGCCUCAAGGGCCGCGGCGCGCGACCUAGAGGCGAACUGCAGCCCGACGGGCGACGGCGGGGGCAGCGACGCCACGACCGUGGCCAACGAGUCAGAGGCAGCUCGCACCCGCCAAGGCGCCGCCCAGUCUAGUCUGGCGGGGCUCACGCUGCUGGAGCGCUCGGCGGCGAGGCUGGGCACAGACGCCAAGAGCUUCAUCGACGCCGCCAAGGAGCGCCAGCUCGUCGUGGACAGCGAGGGCGACGUGUUGCUGUCGGCCUUGCUGCACUUCCAGCCCGAGUAUGGCAAGCUGGGGAGAUCGCGCUUCCUCUGGGCCUGGCGAUGCCUGAAGGGGUGGCGCCGGAGAUGCGGGCGGCGCUCAAGGAAACCGGUCGCCCGCAUGGUGUGGUCAGCUGUCGUCUGGGACCUCUGCUGCCGAGGGUGCUGGCUCAUGGGCGCGCACAUCCUGUGGAUGAUCGUGACGCACCACCGCCCAGGCGAGCCGCUCGCAAUCCAGCGCCAGGAUCUCAUCCAGCCAGCAAAAGGAAGCUCGAACGAUUGGGGGGCGCUGCUGUUCCCGCUGUCAAGGGCGGCCACCCACAAGAUGCUGGACCUACAGAACCGCCGCGGCGAUCACAUGGAGCUGAAAAAGCGAGGUGGCCGGGAACGCAGGAGCUCGCUCAAGAGAUACCAGAACGCCGCCAGGCUGAACCUCUCUGCCCCCCGCCUGCUGCCUUGGGAGGUGGCUGCCCCCCGAAAGGCGGACAAGUGA